CUUCUUCCUGAACUUCCUUACAAUAGUAUAAUUGUUAUCUAUGCUAAGCAGCACAUUUUAUUCUUUUUUCCGUUAUUACCAAUUAUAGAUGCUUGCAGAACAAGUGAGAGUCCUGAUGAACCAGAUAUAGAUCAACUUUCGUUUACUGAGCUGAGGGAUAAGCUUCUUGCUUUAGACCCUCUUAACAAAGAUUAUGUCGUAGAAGUGAACAAAGCUGAAGCAGAAUACUGGAAAAAAUCAGAGGGGUACCGUGUAGGUUGGAGUGAUGAAAUAUUGGGUUUUGAUUGUGGCGGGCAGCAAUGGGUAUCAGAAACCUGCUUUCCAGCAGGAACUCUUGCAAAUCCUAGUAUGAAGGAUUUGGAAUAUAUGGAGGAGUUGAAGAAACUUAUAGAGAGAGAAAAUGUGCCAGCUCCGGCUCCUAUAGAGCAACGGUGGACUGCUCGCAGCAGGAGUCUCAUGAGUCCAGCAUGGAGUUCUCAGGAAGAUGAUAUAUUCUCAUGGGUAGCUUUUUUUUUCCAGUAUGUUUAUAAUUUAAGUUUGCAGCUUCAUCUGGUACUUAGUUUUUUAUGUUAUUCUUAUUACUGUGCGAAUUUUGAUAUUCUCAUUCUUUACUGGAUAUUGGUAAAUGUUCUCUAAAUGGAAGAAAUAAAAACUGAUAUUUACUUUUACAUACAAAUGAAUGGUACACCUCAA